CAGUGAGUAAGUUCCCAGGGUCUUUAAUAGAGAUGGAGUGAGACUGAGAAAGACCCCAUUGUAUGUCUCGUCUUUUCAGACGCGCUGGUUAAAUGGGCCUCACGCAGCACACACAGAUAUGGGCAUACUGAAACACAGGGUGGGAAAGACCUGAACACUGCCGCCCCCAAGAGGGCGAAAAUUUGAGGGGAGGAUCCUAAGCGAGUUUAAGGUUCAUGACGGCGGCGUUUUAAGGAAUGCAACUCACUGGCUGGUCUACCCGGACCAGUGAAACUGAGUUACCUUUAGUGAAAGAGAAGGAGAAACAAAGAACAAAAACAAGCAAAUUCCUUUUACGUAAAAUCUUCUAAUAAGGAGCUGUCGCCCCUGUGUGGUGGAUCUAAGCUAUGGCACCUUUAUUAAAAUGCGCUUGUUUUGAUUGAAAGAUCUCUGUCAUACCCUUUGAUGGAUAGAUUUCUUAAUACAAAUAGCUAAAAGGAAAAGUAUGCCCAUAAUAUUCAGAUCUAUAGUCUUGUUUUCCAACAAGCGCUGUCAGAACAGGAACUGUAUGCACCCUCCAGCCAGAGAGAAGGUUAUUAACUUGCAGACAGUAUUAGUGUGUGGAAUGGGGGAGGGCGUUGCAUGGUGGGGAAAAUCCAGAUAAUCUUCCAAGAUUUUUUUCAUCAUGAUUAUUACUGUGGCAUCCAUGAGCCUGGUGUCACGUGGCUUCGUUGUCGCCUGUGUCCUCCUGUAACUGGGAUUAAUCCCCCACCCUCGUGGACAGUAUCUCGGACAGAGGCGCAGUGGGAUCACUCCAGUCCCUUCUGCUUCUUGAGUGGAAGACUCCUGUGUACCAUGAAUCCCAAGGGCACACACUUUGGCUUCCUCAGGAAGUACGGGGGCUUCGUGUUUAAGCAGUGGAAGGAGAAGUACCUGGUGCUGACUGCCCAGGGAAACCUGCUGGUGUGUCGUGAUGCAGAUUCACCUCCGAACCAGGUGGUGUCUCUGUCGAAGGACUGCCUGCUCAUCGCUGAAGGCAGGGAGAUCCUGGACCUGCCCCGCCUCCCCCCGGGAGGCCGCAGAGAGUGCUGCCUGGCGCUGAUCCUCACUCAGGACAAAUUCCUGUUGCUGCUGGCAGAAAAUGCCAACGACUGCAGCCAGUGGCUGAAUAUGCUGAGGAGAGUGAGACAGGGUGUAGCUUCCAAUGGGCCAUCCUGGAAAAGACAGCCUAGCCUGACCACUUCCAUCAUGGAUGGAGACCCUGUAUCGUCCCAGUUCAGAGAAGGGGAAACCCCAGCCGCCUUGCUCAGUGAGAAGAACAACACCUCCUACUACCAGUCUCUCAGGAGGGGGAAAGGCACCAUCUCCCAGCGGGCAGUGCAGAGUGGACCUGUGGCUCCACCCCCACGUUCUCCUGACUGCCUUCGGCACGGAAACAGCAGCGAUGCGCGAGCGGUGAGAGCGGUCUGUCUACUAAUGCGAGGGGCGGCAGCGUCCUCCGCGCUGGGCUACCUCGGCUCUUUGUGUCCCCCAUCUCAUAACGUCAGAUCAGCAGACUCGAAUCCCUCCAGAGAGCUUUCGGGAUUAGGGAGGGCAGGAGAGCACCAUGCUGUCGACUCCCCGAACAUCCACAGCUUCGACUUCGAGGGCGACUCUGACUUCGACACCUUUGACUGUGGGGGAUUUGCCUUCUAGAAAACAAAAAUGAGGUUAAAUCCAAAGACUUUCCUCUCCUAUCGACCCCUACAGUUAAGAUCAAUUGAUCAAAUCCUCAAAUACAGUACUUACCAUAAGCACGUUAUUUAUUGAUAUAUAACAGCCUUGUUUUCCCUGAUUUUUAUUGCUUUACUGCUCCAGUCAGCUUGAAACAUAACAGAGAUGAGUUUUCAAAUAAAGACUGCUGUUGCUCUGAA